AUGGAUACUGUGCCAAAAGAGAUGAACGACUGGUUGGAGAUGGAAGGUUUUAUGCAAGAGUCACAACUUAGAGGUGGAGAUGCUAGUUUUAAGAAGGGCCUUGACCUGAAUGCCAAAUCGAAAUACAGGAAAUCCAAUACUAGGACUGGGUGUCCCGCGAUGAUUAGAUUUUCAGUUGAUCAAGAUGGGGAAUGGAAGGUUAAUAAAUGUGUUGAGAACCACAACCAAGAGUUGGCAAGGCCUGAAGAUCAACAUUUAUUGAGAUCAUGUAGGAGUAUUACCGAAGAGAGAGCAUUCAUUCUUAAAUCUAUGACUGAUGCUGGGAUUAGAACCAUUGAUGCAUUCACAUACUUAGCUGAUGAAGUUGGUGGGAGGGAGCAUGUAGGUUUUUUAAGAAGAGAUGCAUAUAACUUUGUUCUGAGAAACAGAAGAUGCAAGAUUGAGACUGGGGAUACCAAUUCCCUAAUUGAAAUUUUUAAAAACCGCGCAAACAGUGAUAACAUCUAUAGAUUGAACAAAUACAAUCUAGCUUGUGCACCUUUUGUUGGAGUUAAUAACCAUUGGAAGAAUGUUCUUUUGGGGGUAGCAUUUCUGUCUGAAGAAACAGUAGAAUCAUUUACAUGGCUGUUUAGAACAUUCUUGAGAGUAAUGGGUGGUAAACAUCCCAUUACAAUUUUUACUGACCAGGAUCAGGCAAUGUCUCGGGCAAUAGAAAUUGCAUUUCCUCAAACACGCCAUAGGCUUUGCAAAUGGCACAUCACCAAGAAGCUUCCAUCCAAGUUGCAUUGUUACAACAACAACAACAAGGUUAGAGGGUUGAUUUAUAAAUGUUUCAGCAAGUGUGAUUCAGAGAAAGAGUUUGAAAGUACUUGGACUGAAAUGCUGAAUGAAGGGGACUUUCAUAGCCAUGAGUGGUUGAAAGAGCUCUACAAAAUAAGGCACAAGUGGUCCACAGCAUACAACAAGACUUAUUUUAACCUUGGUAUUCUUUCAACACAUCGUAGUGAAUCCACUAAUAAUGUGUGCCACAGAAUUUCUAAGUCUACUAGAACCAUCACUGAGUGUUUUUUGGAACUAGAGAAGGUGAUGAAGACAUGGCGUCGGAAUGAAAAGGAUGAAGACUUCAAAUGUAGUCAGUCUGAUGUUGUACCUUUAGUGAAGAGUAGUCCAAUUCUUAGGCAGGCUGCCUGUGGAAAAUUCGGCAUGAUGGGGAUACUAUGUUCUCACUUCUUGAGAGUGAUAAGGAAGAUUGAUAUAAUUAAUAUACCUCCGAAAUAUCUACUCAAGAGAUGGUCAGGUGGAGCAAGAAAGGACCUUUACUCUGACAGGCGGUUGUCAUCUAUGGUAGCUACCGGAAUCCCCUCGGAUGGCAUAGGAAGUAUGAUUUUUAGAAAUUAUUUUAGUAGUUUUGCAUAUCAAAUUAGCACUAGAGGGCAAGGGAAUACUGAAGCAGAACAGUACAUGAUUGAUGCAAUUUCUGAGAUUGCUGAGAAUGUGGAUCUGAUAUUAAAUGCCAGCAAGGACUCAAACUUAGUUACGAAUUUAAGCAUGCGAACUAAAAUAAAAGACCCUAUAAAUCGCAGACCCAAAGGAGUUUCAAAUGCAAGGUUGAAGAGCCAUUGA